AGACAGACACCAUGGAGGGACCAGAAGUAACAUUUUUAUUUCAAUUUGGUUUGACUCGUGACACUGUUAGUGUUGACAGCAGCACAUUAACUCUUAAGGCACUUAAAGAAUUUGCUUGCGAUUUUAUAAACACCAAGUGUCCAGACCAUGGUUUGAACCACUUGUAUGAAAGAUUGCUUUUAUUCAAACACGAUUAUAAUUCCACAAAUAUAUUGCAACUUAUCACAAAUGCAACAGAAGUUGUUGACGAAACUUUGGUAGAAAUUGUUUUGACUGCACAAGUGCCAAAUGAAGAAGUUCCCAUUCGUCCCCAUGCUUUGACUGUUAACUCGUACAAGGUACCAACAUUUUGUGAUUUUUGCGGCGAAAUGUUAUUCGGUCUUGUUCGACAAGGUCUAAAAUGCGGAGGUUGUGGGAUGAAUUAUCAUAAAAGAUGUGUCAUUAAAAUACCUAAUAAUUGCUCACAAGAUGUCAGUCAAAGACGGCGUAGUUCAGCAAUGUUGAAUGUGCCACGGUCUCCGAGUCAAGGAUCUACCAGUAGUUUGACCAGCAUCAGUGAUGAUAAUCAUAGUACAAAUAAUACGCCGAACGUGAGCCAAAAUAAUAGUACUUUGACAAUACCAAGUAUAAUGGCUCCAAAACAAUCCCGUUCUCCUUCACUGGGAGGAAGACCAGUAUGGGUCGAGCGAGAACUAGCGACACGUAUAAAAAUUCCGCAUACAUUUGUGGUGCAUACGUACACUAGGCCAACUGUAUGCGGACACUGUAAAAAAUUGCUAAGAGGUUUAUUUAAACAAGGCCUACAAUGUAAAGAUUGUCAGUACAAUGCACACAAAAAGUGCAUUGAAAAAAUACCUAAAGACUGUACCGGAGAAAAUCCACGAGACAAUACAGGUAACGAAUAUCCUGACAGCGGUGUUGGCAGUGAACCAGAAGGUAAAUGCUAUGGAAGGAAUGAAGAAGGCGAUGGUGACAGCGACGCUGAAUCUCCAUCACCCCCUCAGCAUUCUUCGUUUGCAGGAGAUGAGACGAAGGCAAUUGAUGAUUACACUGAUCAAGUUCCAAGCAAUGAUGAUAUUACGUAUGAUGAGUUUCAAAAAUCAAAACCAUCAAGUUGCAGUUCCACACCAAGCAAUAAUAUACCUUUAAUGCGUAUAGUGCAAAGUGUAAAGCACACGAAACGACGUGGCUCGAAAGUUCUGAAAGAAGGUUGGAUGGUGCAUUUUACGAAUCGUGAUACGAUGAGAAAGAAGCAUUACUGGCGUCUCGAUACAAAAGCCAUAACACUAUUUCAAACUGAAAGUAGUUCCAAAUAUUAUAAAGAAAUUCCAUUGGUUGAAAUAUCGUCGAUUGAAACCGCUAAAACAUCUCGUUCAAGCACGAUGCAUUGUUUCGAGUUGAAAACUGCCAAUAUUGAGUAUUAUGUUGGAGAAGAUCCUUCGUAUGGAGAUAAUUGUACCCAAAUUCCUCCUCCAGAAAGUGGAAUUGGAGCACAUAUAGCUAGAUCAUGGGAAACUAGUAUUAGGCAGGCACUUAUGCCUGUAACGACUGUAUCAAACAACCAAGAACAAUCGACAGAACCGGAGGAGAAUAUUACAGACAUGUCUCAGUUAUAUGAGAUCUUCCCAGACGAGGUAUUGGGCUCCGGUCAAUUUGGUACUGUGUACGGAGGCGUUCACCGUAAAAGUGGUCGAGCAGUUGCCAUAAAAGUUAUCGAUAAGCUACGCUUUCCUACGAAGCAGGAGGCACAGCUGAAAAACGAAGUUGCCAUUCUACAGAAUCUUUCACACAGCGGGGUGGUAAACUUAGAACGAAUGUUCGAAACUCUAGAACGAAUAUUUGUAGUUAUGGAGAAAUUGAAGGGCGAUAUGUUAGAGAUGAUAUUGAGUUCAGAACGCGGCCGUCUCAGCGAGAGGGUGACUAAAUUCCUAAUUACACAGAUACUGGUGGCGUUGAAGCACUUGCAUAAUAAAAAUAUAGUGCAUUGCGAUUUGAAACCGGAAAACGUGUUGCUGAGUAGCGACAGCGAAUUUACUCAAGUGAAACUGUGCGACUUCGGUUUCGCGAGAAUCAUAGGAGAAAAAAGUUUUAGAAGAAGCGUUGUUGGCACUCCGGCGUAUUUAGCGCCGGAAGUUUUACGAAACAAAGGUUACAACCGGUCUCUGGAUAUGUGGAGUGUAGGUGUGAUUAUUUAUGUGUCUUUAAGUGGUACAUUCCCAUUCAACGAAGAGGAAGACAUCAAUGAACAAAUUCAGAAUGCUGCUUUCAUGUACCCACCUAUUCCUUGGCAGGAAAUCUCAUCUGAUGCAAUCGACUUAAUAAAUAACUUGUUACAAGUUAAACGAAGGAAACGCUACACUGUAGACAAAAGUUUACUGCACACAUGGCUUCAAGAUUAUCAAACAUGGUGUGAUUUACGAGAGUUAGAAACGAAAGUGGGAUAUCGUUAUCUAACACAUGAAAGUGACGAUGGUCGGUGGCUGGCGUACAGUGACCAACGCACAUGA